GUGGUAAGCGCUGUACUUAACGAGACAAGCUCCAGAUCUGCUAUAUAAGACACGAGCAAUCAUCUUCAGUCAGUCAGAACAUCUUGUGGUCCCAGAGAGCCGCGCUGUCAAUCAGAUCCUCUCACGAAAGAGUCUCUCAUCAGAGGAAAAUGCACUCUCAUCAGCUGGUGUUUAUGGUCAUUACUGUAAUGUGGAUAGUGACAGUCACAGAUGCGUAUCCAGACACAGCCAUCCCUGCAGAGGAGAUGACCAAAUAUUAUUCUGCGCUGCGACACUAUAUCAAGCUCAUCACACGACAAAGAUAUGGGAAAAGAAGCAGUCCUGAGCCUGUGUUCUUGAGUCUGCUGCUGAGAGAGACACCAGAAAGCAGUCCUGAGACAACAUAUGAGGAAGCAGACACUGAAAAUGACAAGAUCAGAUCAAAGGAAAUAUUCUUUUGGUAAUGGAAGAUUUUUGCCAUCCAUCAUCAAGUGAUGUCAGUGGUGACCAGAGAGUGGCAGUGUGGAGCUUUAAACCUUUGCUCUGAUACUGUUUUCACACAAUUUGGUCAUUAUGUUCUGUAU